ACCAACAAAAGCAUGGAAUUUGAUGCCCUAAUUUCUUCCACAAUGUCCGCCAUGACUUCCCAUUUCCCAUCUUCUCGAGCAAAUUGCUUCCAUAGCUCACAUUGCUUCCCAUUCUCCUCCUUCUGGCCUUCAUCUUCCCCACGGCUAAAUUGUGCAGUGCUCGAUUAAAACAGGCUUACAUGGAUAAGCCAAACUUCCCAAGGGACAUAUUCAUGGGAAGAAGUAAAAAGUCCUCUAAUCCUAAGGAAGGUCAGUAAGUCGCUUCCUAAAACCUUUGCAUUCUGGUUGCAGUUGAAACUCACUUGUUUUACGUGCAAAGGCCCGAAGUACAUAAAGAUGAGGCUUUCGUUCUGUCGUAAGAGAGGCAUGUCAAAGAGCAUAAGCAGGGAUGCAAUUCUGAGUGGGUGUCAUGACACUACGGAUCAACAAAGAGUUGAGGAAUUUCGUACCUUUUUAUCGCAAGAGCCUUCCCUCGUAGGGAAGGAACCCGAUGAUCAUACCAUCUUAAGGUUUCUCAGAAUGAGGGGCUUUGACAAGGAAAAAGCAAAAGAAGUGCUUCUGAAUUACCUCAAAUGGCGAGAGGAGUUUGAAGUUGACAAAAUCUGCAAAGGGUUCAAGUUUGAUGAAUACGAAAAGGUGAAAAAGUGUUACCCUCAUGGCUUUCAUGGAGUAGAUAAACAUGGUCGGCCAGUGUACAUUGAAAGGAUCGGAAUGGUGGAUGUUCAUAAGCUUCUUAAAGUCACAACACUUGAGAGAUUUGUCAAGUAUCACGUGACAGAACAAGAAAAGACUCUGAAUCUGAGAUUUCCUGCUUGUUCUGCUGCUGCCAAGAAGCAUAUAGCCUCAACUACAAGCAUUUUUGAUGUGAAAGAUGUGGGAAUGUCUAACUUUUCAAAAAAUGCAAGAAACCUCUUUUGGAAAAUCCAAAAGAUAGACAGCUGUUAUUACCCAGAGACACUGCACCGGCUUUUCAUCGUCAAUGCUGGACCUGGAUUUACGCUCCUCUGGAAGCUAAUAAAGCCGUUUAUUGAACAACGCACACAAGUGAAGAUCCAAGUGCUUGAAGACAUCAAGAACCUAGCUGAGGUUAUUGAUCCGAGCAACCUUCCAACAUUCUUGGAUGGCCAUUGCACAUGUACUGAAUAUGGCGGUUGCCUCUUCAGUGACAAGGGACCCUGGAAUGAUCCCUAUAUAUUAGAUUCCCCACAGGGAAUGCGCAACACAGAGGAACAACGCGAAAAUCAUGUGUCCCCAAGAGAUGUGUUUGGCUAUGAUGCUGAGAAUCUGCACAUAAAAGAUGUGUAUGAUGUGACGCCAGAAAGAGCUCCCGGCUUCAGGAAGCCUGAGGAAGCGCAAGUAUCUCAUCUGCCACUCGUUACGCAGAAAAUCCAAAAAGUUGAAUCCGUUAUUUGCGACGCAAAUGCAAAAUUCCAGACAUUGGAAGCUGCACUUAAGGAUACUAAGUUGGUUUUGCAAGGACUUGUAGAGCAUAUGGAAGAUUUAAGAGAAAUGAUUAUAGUAACAAACAAUGCAGCCUAAAGUUGUCAAAUUGUACUUGUUUUCAAGUCUUUAUGUAUGUAAUUAAGAAGACUUUGAGGUUCAAUUUCAAAAUGGGCAUUUCACUUUAGUACUUUAGUUUGCUCCUUUGUGUGUUUCAAGUCUUUCAACUAACCAUGAACUGAUUUGAUAUGGCUUCCCUCUCUUAGAAUCUCAACCCUUAGAUCAAAAUUUGAUGGGUGAGAUUUAAUAUUUUGAUCAACAACUGAGUUUUGUAUCUUUGUCUAAGUUCAUAUAUAAGAGCUAGCUUGGAACUGAU